GCAUGCUGGAACGGUGCGUGAAGGAUAAGCGAUAUGUCGCUGAGCAGUUUCAGUUGGUGGAGAGCAGCAAGGUUGAGACGCAAGAGGCUGGUCGCGAGGGUGAUGAUGACCCCGACGCAGCUGAUGUGUUCGCACCAGUAUCCUGGCUUUGGCACCUUAUCGGUCGUGACUAA